CCUUAGAUAUCGAAUGAACUAUGCCGGUCAUGAACAAACCUUUGAUAACUUAAAUAAAAGAAAAGCAAAAGCUCAAAAUGAUCUUAAUAACUAUCUUGAAAGUAUUAAAAAAAAGUAUACCAAAUUAAAUUCUUCUCUUUUUAGAAAAAGACAAAGACCAAGCUUGCUACCUUCUUCUUCCUCAAAAGCAAAAAAGACUAAUCUUCAGAAUAAUAAUUCCACACCCCAAACCGAUAACUCUCUUACUAAUAAUUUUUUACAGGCUAUAGCUCAAAUUAGAAAUACUGAAAUAGAGCUUCAAAAUAAUAUCAAUAAUGAUCAACCAACUAUACUUGAAUAG